CUCGGGGGUGGGGGAGGGGAGCAGGAUUAGGUUUUAAUCCCCGCGCACGUCGGCGCGCGGGGAAGCGCUGCCCGGUCCGCCCGAGGGCUCCGGCCGGGGCUCCGGGCGCCGGGCCCGACAGCUGGGCGGGCGAGCGGUGUCCUUUCGGCGAAGCUGGGGUCGCGGGUCCGACCUCCACUCCUGUCCCCGGGGACUCCGGGGCCGCCCCGUCCCCGAGCGCCUGUCCGCCCCGCUCUGCCGCUUCUCCCAGCCGCACGGCUCCCGGUGCCCGAGUCUCCAGAAACUCCCAAGCUCACGGCUGUCGGUGCUUAGGCUAGACUCUCUCCAAAGGCGCACAGGGGCCGACAGCCCCUUGCCUCCGAGGCAGCCUCAUUCGGAUGAAUGAGGCUCUAGUUUACCGAGAAAAAUAGCCCAGCUGAGUUACGUAGAUAGAGAUCAAGGUGGUGCUCCUUUGCUAGAUUCUGAAGACCACUCUGCAGGUGAUGCAACAGUACUGGAUGAAUGAAUACACCUCGUCCAUCGGAAUUGGAGUUUUUCAUUCAGGAAUUGAAGUAUACGGCAGAGAAUUUGCUUAUGGUGGCCAUCCUUACCCCUUUUCUGGAAUAUUUGAAAUUUCCCCAGGAAAUGCUUCUGAACUAGGAGAAACAUUUAAAUUUAAAGAAGCUGUAGUUUUAGGGAGCACGGACUUCCUGGAGGACGACAUAGAGAAGAUUGUGGAGGAGCUGGGCAAGGAGUACAAGGGCAACGCCUACCACCUGAUGCACAAGAACUGCAACCACUUCUCCUCGGCGCUGUCGGAGAUUCUUUGCGGAAAGGAGAUUCCUCGCUGGAUCAAUCGUCUGGCCUACUUCAGCUCCUGCAUCCCCUUCCUCCAGAGCUGCCUCCCCAAGGAGUGGCUCACCCCCGCGGCCCUGCAGUCCAGCGUCAGCCAGGAGCUGCAGGAGGAACUGGAGGAGGCCGAGGAUGCGGCCGCGGCCGCCUCCGUGGCCGGCCCCUCGGCGGGCUCCAGACCCGGGCGCCACACCAAACUAUAAAAGGUCUCCCAAGUCUCACCCUCAGAACUGUCUCCGACCGGUGACUGUCCCCAGAGAAAAGUAAGAGAGUAAGAAGCGUCCUUUGGGUAUUUUGUAUGCAAAGAUGGCUCUCCCCCAAAUCCCAGUUUUUCAGCUCAGGAUUAUAUUUGUAAUCAAAAGAAUCACUUGGCGCAGGAGGGAGAACUUUGUACGAAGCCGCCCUCGGUUUUUUUUACCCACUUGUAAAUUGGGGUUUACUUCUGUUUUCUACAAGCUCUGUUAAGUUAUGUUUACAGUAUUUUGUAUCGCUGUUUACAAACCUUGCAUGGACUCCUGCCACCGUGAAAGAAGACAGCCUUCACGUCUCGGGAACUUCGGUGGAUCACCUUCCUCCACUUGCGACAAUUUCCAGAGCCACGGCGUCCGUAGUCGGCACACGAAGGGCGCUUGAGCGGCUCUGGCCACCACUACCUGCUCCAGAAGGGUCGUUUAGGUUCGCGUGUGGUUCUGUUUGCGUUCGGGCACCGGGACGCCGAGGCCAAGGAGCUCCCGCAGCCCAAGGGCUCGGGGCCCGGGUCUGCGGGAAAGGCUCUGCCAGGCGGGGGCCUGCACCCCUGACACCUGUCCCCCCAGGCGGGCCGGCCCGUCCCAUGACGCCUCUGAUUCUGCCGUUAGGAUGGUUUUCGUUCGAGAUAGUCUUGCCAGGAACCGAGGGGUAUUUUUGCACACGUGUUGGGGGCUUCAUCGAUAUUUUAAUACGGACUGACCUCCCUGCACACGAUUUCGCCGACGGGGCGGGAGUAGCAGCAGGAGUUGACAUUCAACUGCUUUUGAACUAUUCAGGCUGCCUUUUAUACUAGACCUUGAAAACUGGAGCCUGAAGUAACGCCCUCCACAAAGUUCACGAUUUGAUAUCCCGACACUUCGUGUACCAGACGGAGCGCGUCGGAGUUCUGUUGCUUCGUUCCGGGGGUAGUUUGACCUCAGAGUAGAAAAACCUAGUCUCAUUGACCUCUCGUUAAAGGAUGUUUGUGUGUCUUAAAACUCAUCUUUUUCUGUUCUCCCAAGUGUGUGUCUCUUACGUGACCUCCUCCCACAAGGAAAUUGUCACCACCGAUAGAUAAGUCCUCGUUAGCAAGGACUCUGUCUGCUCACAUCUACUCCCAGUUUGACCCUUGGAUGUAAGAGCCAAGUCACUACAUGUCAGAUUCAAUUUUUCUGCCUUAAGAAUGAAUGUCCUACAUAGAAUAUUGGGUGAGCGCAUAAAUUAUCCAAGGCAGUGACUUCAGCUUUAUAUAUAUUGUUAGUUUUAAAGUCACCUCCUUUUAUUUAAACUCCUAGAUCGGAUUGUUUGCUAUUUCUCUUUGUAAAGAUACGUAUCUUUCAGUAAAGGACAUUUUUAACUUUUCCA